GUCCCCCUACAUUGGUGAAAUAAGUUUCAUCCGCAUGACCCGGAAGUUCUCUUUGCUUUUGGUGACGGUGCGUUAGGCGACAAUGGCUCAUCUCUGUUUGUUUAGCCUGUUGGUCCUGUCCCUGGUUCUUGAGACCCAGGCCCUGAACCCAACCCACCAUCUGACCAUCACUGAUGUGGCCAGACUUCAGGCUGUAUUGAGCCAACCCUUCACUGACCUCAAGUCUGCUUACUACUCUGUUGUUGGACUUAGCAAGUUGGGAAUCUUUGUUGCGGAUGCAGAUGAGACAUGCAGGUUUAUCAAGUCAAACCUGGAUCCCUCUAGCGUGGAGUCACUCUUUUAUGCGGCAGAAGCCAGCCAGGCUCUGUCUGGAUGUGAGUUACUGCAGCUUCAGGUGACGGAUGUCCUUUGCCAGCCCCUCAGUUCAGCAAGUGUGCUGGCGGAGUCGGCCAGUGCUGUGUCCUCAAAAUCUGCCGUGCUAAGCCAGGCACCCUUCACCCUCAGAGAUGGGGUUUUUGAGCUGAAUUUCAUGGCCAGCCAACCAGCGAGUGGCUACUAUCAGUUCUCUGUUGCCAUUGCUGGUGACAGCCGAUUUGUUGCCAACCAUGUUGAGCUCAAAGUAAAGGUCUCUACCCGAGUUGCCAUCAACAACAUGGAUUUGUCUGUCGUGGACAAGGACCAGAGUACUGGCCCCAAAACCACCAGAGUGGAAUAUCCAACUAAAGCCAAAGCAUCUUUUAUGGCAGACGGCCAUCAAAACUUUGCCGUGACGUUCCAGUUAGUUGAUGAGACCACGGGAGUGGAACUCACCCCUCACCAGACCUUUGUGAGGUUACACAACCAGAAGACAGGUCAGGAGGUCGUGUUUGUGGCUGAACCUGACAGUAAGAAUUUGUAUAAGUUUGAGCUGGACACAGCUGAGAGAAAGACAGAGUUUGACUCCAUCUCUGGCACCUAUGCUCUUUACCUGAUGGUGGGAGACGCUACGCUGGAGAACCCCAUUUUGUGGAACGUGGCUGACGUUGUGCUGAAGUUCUUAGAAGAAGAGGUACCUGGAACAAUUCAGGCUAAAACUUUGUAUGUGCCCAAACCAGAAAUCCAGCAUCUUUUCAGAGAGCCAGAGAAGAAGCCACCCACAGUUGUGUCCAAUACAUUUACUGCCUUGGUCCUCUCUCCAUUUCUGCUCCUGCUCAUACUGUGGUUUAAACUUGGAGCCAAUAUCUCAAACUUCACACUGUCACCCAGCACUAUUCUCUUCCACAUAGGCCAUGCCGCUACGUUGGGUCUAAUGUACGUGUACUGGACUCACUUGAACAUGUUCCAGACUCUGAAGUAUUUGGCUAUCAUAGGCAGCCUCACAUUCCUGGCUGGGAACCGCAUGCUAGCACAAAAAGCUGUGAAAAGGAUUGCUGCAGAACAAAGUAGUAGGUUGGCAAAAUAUAGGAGUCUGCGAUAAAUGCCUGAAUGUUUUGCAAAAAGAAAGGCCAGCCUUCA